AUGGAGCGAGCCCUGGGGGUUAGGUGGCUCCUGGAAGGUGAUCAGCUCGCCAUCAAGGUGCAACCAAACUCAAGGCCAGCGACCAGGAGAGGAGUACUAAGCCUGGUCAGUUCUAUUUAUGACCCACUGGGGUUCGUGGCCCCAUUCAUCAUCAGGGCUAAAAUAUUAUUUCAGUGUGAAUGCAGGCGUCGAUUAGGGUGGGACGAACCUUUGUCGGCUGUUAAUCACACGACCUGGAGCACCUCGCUAGAAGAACUGGCCCACCUAGGGAAAUUAAUGGUACCCAGAUACCUAAAAACAGCAUGUACUAAAGAAAUCAUCUCACUACAGUUGCACACCUUCUGCGAUGCAUCGCAGGCUGCUUACGGUGCGGUGACCUAUCUGAGAAUGGUAGACUCUGGCGGAAGUAUCCAGUGCUCUUUCGUGUACGGACGGGCCAAGCUGGCCCCACUCAAGCAACUGACAAUACCAAGGCUGGAACUUUGUGCAGCUGUCCUGGCAGCAUAG